UGUAAACAGUGAAGGAGACAUCAUGGUGUGGACAGUGUCGGUAAUGAUGUGAUCCGGGACAUUUAACUGUUGUUUAGAGUGUUAAAUCACUUUUUCAUAUUUUUCAAUUGCCGCUCGUCGGUAACAGAAUCAGUCAAGAUGCCGACAAAAGUGUUGUUACCCCAGAUGGUUGAUCUAGCCCUGGGUACACCAGAAAUAGGGGCUGUCAAUUUUAACGUUCUUCAUUCAUUGCUUCAUGCAAUGCUAAAGAAAUUGAAAAUAACUGAUUCAACAGCGGAACUAAAUGAAUUAGAUUUAUUGUCACGUCGAGAGAAGUCAAGUCUUAGUGACUUAGACAGUGGCAUUUCCACAUAUUCUGAAGAUGGCGCGAGCGAAACCGGCAAAACUAGCGGUACUCCUUACCACCAGCUUGAGCUGAAAGUGGCUAAAUUGAGCAUGCAGAUGGAACAAUUGAAUUCAAUUCCGACUAAUAACGAAUUAAUCGACAGGUCAGACCGACCUAUCACUGAAAUGUGGCAAUAUAUGCAGCUAAAAAAGAAAGUUGAUGCAAAUACAGAUGGUGUGGAUAAGUUGAUGUCUCUUUUUGAUGAUUUAAUGAAACGGAUGGAUGAAUUAAAGAAAGCCAAUGAAGACAUGAAGAAUCAGCUUGAUGGGCUGAACUUACAGGACAUCCUUUCAAGACUGAAUGAUUUGGAAAACAAUGUUAAAGACCUGAAUGAUAAGUUUGGCACACUUCCCACUACAGAAGAGCUCUCAUUGUUUGUCACAUGGCCUGGCCUGGAGGAUGCACUCAAGGGUGUCAAGCGUGACUGGGAAAAUCUCCAGCCUCCAGAACGCGUCGUCAUAGAGAUGUCUAGUCAGACAGAACCUCAUCGAAAAAAGGUGUCCCGACCAGCUUCCUCACGUCCUAGUACCCGCAUGAGUUCAUCCAGUACUGGACCAUCAGAACAACUGUUGGAUGUUUUGGAACACCUCGGAAAGCUCAGUGAUUCCCAUAAUGCCCUAGAGAAGAGGGUGGAAGUCCUUGAGGCAGAGAUAAAGAACAAGAUGGACAAGACAGAUCUCGAAAAUCUAAAUCUUUCCUCAGACUUACUGGAGCAGCUUGCUAAGCUGAAGGAGGAAUUGGAUGCCUUACAACAGGCUAGAGAAAAGUAUGGUAACACUGCCUCUGAUAGUCUUGCCAUUCUUAAGGCCACGACUCAAUUCAAGAAAGGUAAGCAAAGCUCUGACAGGGCUGGCCCAUUGUCAGAGUCGGAGGAAAGUGGUAGCGGUGGGGAAACAACAGAGUCUGACAGUCAGGAGAUGCUGGCAGAGCUCAACAAACAGGAACUUAUGGCCAUAGCUAUUGAUGCUCUGUCUAACAAGGUCACAGUAAUGGAAGAUCGCCUGAAAGUGUUCCAGGACAUGAUGAUGGAUGACAGUGCCUACCAAAGUGAUGUUUCUGAAUUGCGAUCUUGGCUGACCGGGAUGGAACAGAGGCCAGACCCAUUCGCAGACCUUGAUAUCACUUCCAGUGAAAAUGACAUCCCUCCAAAACCUCCGAGUCCAAAGCCAUCUACCUCUUCAGAAAAACCACAAGUCAAACCUGAAGUCAAACCUAAACCUGAAGUCAAACCUGAAGUCAAACCUGAAGUCAAACAAGAAGAAGUCAAAGAAACCCAAGGGAAAGAAAGUCCACAAAAAAAUAAAAAGGUGUCAAGCAACGAGAACAUGCUUAACAUUAAAUUUGAACAAGAGAUCAUGGACAUCUUUACCAAAGCAGCAUCUGAUGCUGAGAGUCAGGCAGAGGAGUUGAAAAACAUGAAUUUGUCGUCUGAGGAGUUGGUCAAAGCUAACAACAAAAUCCGCACACUGGCAGUGGUACUUAAUGACCAACUUCAGGAUGUCCGUGACAAGAUCUUCACCCUCGAUCAUGACCUCAAGAGAAUGGCUCGUGGCAUUGAGUUUGCUCUACUCAGGUCAAAGGUUGCCGGAAUGAAUGAUUUGGACAGUGAUGCCCUGAGUCGAGCCCAGGCAGCCAUUUUACAGCUGCAGGCUGACUUUGAGAAGUUACACAACACCACCCAGGAUAUGAUCGAGGAAAACACAUCCCGCAACAAACAAAUUCAGGAUCUACUGGCAUACUGUGACAGACUAAACGAGGUCAAGGCCGACAAGGAGUAUGUACAGAUGGAGGUAGAUGUGAAAGCAGACAAGCGUUCCUUGGACAACAAAGUCAACCACAGUCUGUUUGACUCCACAACCAAUGACAUCAACAAGAUGAUCAAGGAAAUUCUGGACAAACUCUCUGGAUAUGAAGACAACUUUAACACCACCUGUCAUAAACUUAAUGAGGACAUUGAUGGCAAGCUUGACCGUCUGGAGCUAGACCCUCUUAAAGAAUGGCUGGAGAGUCGCUUGAAGGCCCUAAAUGACAAGCUCAAACGCACCCAGGUGUCUACAGAGUGGGGCGAGGAUGAUGCUGCUGGCAUCAGGAAGCAGUUGAUUCAGAAAUUCCACUGCAUAUCAUGUGACAGGCCAGUGGAUCUCAUGCCUACAGGACCUGUUCCAUCUUUACCAACACACAAUGGCCUGGCACCCACACGCUCACCACGGCCCUACACAACCUUUGAACUUGACCAGAUCCGCCAGCAUGCCAAGAGUGGUCUCCUUGGAAAAAACAACAUCAACUUUGAAAGAGCUCUUGCUGAAAAGGAGCUAGUGAGAAUUCGUAAAUCAGACUUGCGAGCCUUUUUUGUUCAUUUUGGCCAUGACAUUGAUACUUUCAAGAAACAGCGCGAGGCCUUCGCUAACCCAGAGAUCGCUGACUACUAUGCCACCCAGAGAGCUUGUGGAGGCAACCACACUACAACCUUCCCACACAAGCGUAUCACUCGUCUCUCCCACCUCAGCCAUUUGUUCCGAGAGGAAGAGGAAGCUGUGUAUCCACUGUACAAGGAGGAGGUGAAUGUCCAAGGAGCAGAUGGCCACAUUUACAAGGGACGCAUGGAGAAGCUAGAGGCCAAAUUUACACAAGUACAGCAACAGGGACGUCAGGACCCAUACACACUGCAUCCCCAGAUGCAUCAGACUCCUCCCCCCAUCAACCAGACUAGCGGGCAGCGUGUCACACAGCAGGCACCUCCAGUCCGUGUGGCACGUCCUACGUCUGCCCGACACCUCCAGUCCCCACGUCCAACAUCAGGACGUGUAACAACACGGCCUGUGUCUGCUCGUGGAGGAGUGUCUAAACAGAGCUCACCUGCGCCAGAGUCAUCCCACACCACGCCUGUCCCCCCAGAAGAUUCCCCUCGGCACACUGAAGACGACCAGCAUAUAGAGGUGCCAACCACAGGCAACAAUUGAACACUGAUGCAAUAAAACUCCAUCAUAGUAUAUUCUGUAGAUGUAAUUUUGCAACUAUUUAUUUUUCGAAUCAUUCUCUGAACUGUGUGGUCAUGAACUUAUUGUCAUUUCAAAUUAUUCACUAAAUACCUCCAGGACAUUAAGUUCCUAGUUUAUAAAUCUUAUCCACACUAUGGAGAAAAUCUAGUUGUAAGCCUUUUUUUACACCGGCAUUACUGUAAUAAAUCUGGUCUUUUUGUUUCUUGCCAGUGAGGAAAAAUCAUCAACGAAAAACUUUUAUUAUAAAAGACAACCUUUUUUUUCCUUUAUAUUUUGGAUACAUAAUUUUUCUAUUAUUUUUGGUAGCUUCAGAAGUGAUAGGAAACUUUCUAACUUUAUAAAAUGUUUACCCGAUUUGUUUUUAUUAAGGUGUAUUUUGUCUUUAUUGCAUAUUUUUAUAUAAGAGUGAAUGCACCCAUUUUCUGUAUGUGCAAUGUGUACAAAACCUAUACAUACUAUAUUGUUAUCUGUUUACUACUGUAUGCUUUGUUAUAUUGCCUCACAGCAAUAUGUCUCACCCUAGAACAGUAUUGACACAUGCCAGUCACUAAUUGUUAUAAGUAAAGCAUAUCUGUGUUACUGACCCCAGUUCCUAUAGUUGGUUCUGGCAUCUGUUUUAAAUUGUCCAGAGAUCUUUUUAUGCCGUCCAGUAAAAAUGACACUACUCGGGUCAACUUUGUUGUGAUAUUGACUUUAGUACUGUCUUGUGUAGUGCCCAGCUGUCCUGGAGUGCAGUAGCACACUAGUGUCCAUCUGUCUUUGUGUCCAGUAACACCCUAGUGUCCAGUUGUCCUAGAGUCCAGUGACACCCUAGUGUCCACUUAUCCUGGUGUCUAUUGACACUAGUGUCCAGUGACACCCUAGUGUCCAUUUGUCCUGGUGUCCAGUGACACCCUAGUGUCCAGUUGUCCUGGUGUCCAGUGACUGUAGUGUCCAGUUGUCCUGGUGUCCAGUGACACCCUAGUGUCCAGUUGUCCUUGUGUUAAUUUUUACACCACCUGUUUAGAGGGUCUGUGAUAAAUACAUGUACAGUUGUCUAGUGCUUAUUUUUGUCUUAUUGCACUGAAAUUAAACACUGCAAUACAUCAGUAAAGCAAAACAUUAUAGAUUUUAAUUAAAACUUGAAUAAUGUUUUAUUAAAAAAAAAAAUUUAAAGGAAAAAGUCAGGCUUUCUGAAGAUUAACUUGUAUAAUGGUACUCUUGUACUAGAAAUAACUAUUUUCUUACUGAAUCAAAGUUGUAAUGUAGCCGAGGCAUUCCACUUUUUAUUGUUUUGAUUAUUUGAGAUGUUUAGAGUGUUUAGUAUUUUUAUCAAAUAGCUGUUCUGUGAUAUUUUUCUCUUGUAAGUCUGCACAGAUUUUACGAUCUAUGACUUGUUGAUAUUGAUGGAAACUAAAUUUGUUUUAGCAAUAUGUAUUCAUGUUGUUGUUAGUAUGGGAUUUACUCCUCUGAGGUCAGUCCUGUGUUCGGAGGUCAUUUCUUUGUCCAGAGGUCAGUUCUGUGUCCGUAGGUCGCUAUUUUGUCCAGAGGUUAGUCCUGCUACCUGAGUUCCACAAGGGUUAUAUAUUUUGUAUUAAAGAGAUGUUACAAUGACCUUAUUGUCUUGUUCAUGUAGAUCUAUAUUUACAAUGACCUUAUUGUCCUGUACAUGUAGAUCUAUAUUAACAAUGGUCUUAUUGUCUUGUACAUGUAGAUCUAUGUUAAUACUACCUUUAAAAAUUUCUAAAAAUAUUUGAUCCAAUUUUUUCUUAAUAUUAUUCCCACAUGUCCAUAGGACUGGCCUCAGAGAUGUGUUAUAAUUAUGGCUCAAACUGAAGGUGCUUUACUAUACUUUGUGUUGUUUGAGGGGGAGGACUUGCAUACAAGCAUAUUCCAGCUCCUGGGGCCAAUUCUUUCUCUAGUGUACCUAUAAAGGUAAAAAGUGCCUAAAUUUGAUUUAAAUAUGUUGAUAAGAACAGGGGUUACGGAGGAUAUGAUUUAAUGAUUUAUUGAUCCAUUAUAGGAACAUUCCUUUGUUAUAUUACUACAUAUCAUAUGUAAAUCAUUGGUACUGCUGAUGCUACUCCCAGGUACUGGUAUGUACUAUGUGUGAGCCAAACUUAACAAAUUACUGUUGGCAAGAACUGCAUACAUACAGAUGUGUCGAGGCAGAAUUUAUUUAGAUAUACCAAUGGGAGCAUUCCUUUAUUGUGGGUGAAUUAAUUCACAUGAUUGUUGAUUUCUAGAGAUGUAAUUUCUGUAACAAAUGUGUUGCUUUUAUCAAACUGUAAUGUAUCCGUUAUAUAUAUAUAUAUACAUGUAUAUGCACCAAAGUAUUCUUUUCUAUGACACAGUUAAAUUACCCCCUCCACAACUUAGACUCAAUCCGUCCCCACAUUAUUACUUGUUAUUUUGUUUUCAUAUGUAUUCUAUGUAAUCCCAGAUGAUUUAACAUAUUUCAGUCAUCCGUUGUAUCUUGACACAGUCAGCCAAGACUGCUUCCCCCUGCAUUUUGUCACCUUAGUUAUAGUGUCAUUUAUCUCCCCUUAACCUUGGUUUGUUAUCGUUAUUCCCCUCUUAGGUUUGUUAUCUCCCCUUAGCUAUAGCUAUCAUGUCACCUUGGUUUGUUACAAAUAUUCACUUCAUAAUUCUUUAUUAAAUAAGUUAAUACAUUCCAACAAGCUGUGAGUUAAUACCCUGAUUCUAUCAUAACCAUUGAAACCGUUUAUUCCUGCCUAUGGUAGCAGUUGAUAUUGAUUAUUUUCUAAAGGUAAUAUUAUAUACUGUUUGAUUUGUUAUGCUGCAAACACCUGUACAAGCUUGUGUAAUCAUCUCUGCUAAUAAAUUAUUUCUGAUUCAU